GCACAGGCCUAUGAUAGGCCAGUGUAGAACUUGCCAAAGAUUUCCCACCUAUUUCUACACAGAUAUAAAAGGGACAAAAAUCCUAGUUAUUUGAUUCGGUUCGUAAGGCAUGAUGGAUCUGCAAAUCUCUGUUGUUCUUCUGUUCAUUUUUCUCACUGGAGGACACUCUCUGAAGUGUUACACGUGCACAUCUGUUCAGACUAAUUGCGAAGCAAAAGUGGAGACAUGUGAAGAUGGAUUUUCCAAAUGCGAAAGCAUAACAGUAGAACAAGCCGCUGGUUUUAGUACGCUUUCUGUAAAAACGAAACAGUGUGCAGUUUCAUGUGAAAAUGGGAGCCAUCGGGUCCCGACCGGGAAAAUAACUACCCGCUGCUGCGACACUGACCUCUGCAACGGAGCAGAUGGAGCGUAUAAGGGAAGCUUCCUCCUUCUGUCGUCUCCUCUGCUCUUCUACUUCCUGUUUCAGUGAAUCCCGCUGCACUUCACACUCUACAGCUGCACGAAAAAAAUGAAUGUCGCAUACAUUUCUAUUCAUGAAUGAACGGCGCAUGUUGCUCUGGUCUUCUUUGGGGAACAGAAAAUGUGCAUAUUACUAAACAUAUUAAACAAAAUAUGCAUCAGCACUGUAACAAAUAUUACUAAAAAUUAAAAAAUGAAUACAUAAUAAUCUGUUUGCAAUAUAUGUAGUACAAUCUUACUCAGUCGAGACUAUAUUUCCUUUAUAUUUCCUCUUUCCCUUCCUUUUUAAUAUAUAUUUUUAAUAUAUAUCCGUUCGCCUAUAAAAACAAAAUUUAUGAAACGUUAUAAUAUAAUGCAAUAAAGAAUUAAACAGCUAUAAUUAAAGAUUUACAUAUUAAAUAGCUUUCUCUGUAAUUUUCCUUAAUUUACUUUGAAUAUUUGUGGUUGUUUGAUGCCUAGUAAGGUUUAAAGGUGCAGUAAGUAACGUCUGAGAAACAUAAAUUACAUUAUUCAUCAACAACAUACACUCCCUCCAUUUAUGGCUCCUUCCAGACAAACUGUAAAAAGUGAUAAGACUUAACUUAAAAAAAAAAGGAAAAAAUAAGGAUUAUUAUACUGUAAAUAGCUAACAUGCAACAAAUGUUAACUCUAUCUGCUCUGCAAACAAGUGUUUAAAAUUUUCUUCAAUUAUAAUAUAAUGUGCUUCUUUGAUCGUUUCAGCCGAACGAAUUUGAACUUCCUCUUUAACAUUACAUAGCAAAUAACAAACAGCAUCACAUUUGCUUCAAGUGCACUAUUGAUGUUUAAAUCAUAUUUUGUAUUUUAUGUGUGAUUAUCAAAUAAAAUGUGCUAAAUCGGCGUGUUGCCGUGAUAUCUUUUAGGUUAUGCGUUUUUCUCGUAUCACAACAUUUCAUUAAACAAACAUUACAAAAACACAUCCAGGAAAAACAAAAGGUUUGAAUGAGGUAUAACAGCAUUAAUAGUUGCAAUCCAUAAUAUGUGACAUUAUUAUAAAUGUAAAAAUAAAUAAAUAAACUGAAAAUUGAUUGAC